AUGGGAAAGCGACUGCAAAGUUCUGUUCCGCAGUCGGACCGAUUGGAGAAGCGGUUGCGACGAGCCAAGCCGAUUUGCUCUUGCGGCUCUCCUCGUCCAGCUUUCCUCACUGCUCACUCCUCUUUCUCCUGGUACGAAGAGGACGUGUGGACAGAGAUCGCGAAGUUUCUGGACGGACGUUCUCUGGUGAUGCUCGCCUUGACGAACAGUUGGUUCCACCGUCUGAUCAUGCAAGAUAGCAUAUGGAAGUUCGUGUGCCUACGUGAUCUUCAGGUCCCUGCUCCCGAGCACGUGGCAUUCAAGUGGAUCAACCUCUACACUUCAGCCUUCGAUGGGAGUCACUCUUACAUGUUCCGCCAGCAGGAGAAGCAUAUUGAUUGGAUGCGAAUUGGUGCAUUUUUCCUCAAAUCUUCAGAAGCACUCCUCACAGAAAGGCUGAGCUCCCCAGAGAAAAUCCCAAAGGAAGAUACUAUAGAGGAGACUUUGCAGUCUUGCGGCUGUUGUGUGUUAGACAAUGUUAAAUCUGGGAUCUGGAUAGCUGAUCUCCAGCUUGUUCGAUGCCCUGUCUGCGACCUCAAUACAUGUGAUGGAACAAUGCAGACAUUAGAUGCAAGGCAUAUAGAGCUGUUCCUCUGCGACAAGUACAAGGAUGGAAGCUGGGAAUAUGAGCUUACUGGAUCUCAUGAUGUCAAAAAGCGCGCAAGUGGAGCUUCUGCAGCCAUUUUUGACCUCAAACACCUCAAGGACCCGUCAUCAUGUGCGGUCUUUAAUCUUGAUUCAUGGAUAGGAAAACACAGUGACUGGCAGCCAAAGGCUAUGAUCACUCUCCAUGCGGUUGCUGUCAACACCAAUUUACAAGAAAAUGAAGGACUUCACCUCAAAUACCAGACCAUGAGAGCUGGAGCUGAUGGGGAAGUUGUUUCUAUUAGAAUCUCUCAGCAGCUCCUGUAAUUCUUCUCA